AUGCCCAAAGAAGACGCGGAAGUGACGGCGGUGGAGUUCCUGAUUAAAACAGGCAACACGAUCAAAACCAUCGAAACAAAUCUGGAGAAAAACCGGAUUGACAGAAAAGCUAUCCGGCAACUCUUGAACGAAUACUCAUCCCUCACGGAGUCAGAUGGGAGACUGAUGAACGCCGCAAGACAGGAGCCCGAGUGUGCUAAUCGCGGACUGUUCUUAGCUUACACUCACAUUGAGCUAAUAACAUGGCUGGGAAAGCUCAACUUCACUAUUCCUUCCUCAUCCAUCAAAUGGUAUAGCUUGCGACAAUUCUCUUCGAAAUACCGACUACCAUCUUUCUGGAACUCCACACUGUCCUCAGAUCUACAAGGCCAGCUGGAUCAUAUCAAGAAAACAGCUGCCUUGGUAUAUGCGGAUCUUCAAGCUCAUAACAUUUUGAUUCCCACAACUGCGAUUGACUAUCCCAAGGUCCCAGUCGGUGAUCCAUGUGCUCCACCUGUUGAAGCCUAUGAGCAGCUUCUACAUCGAGGAACUCUCGCCCUGCAGGUAUUAGAGGGCGGUCCAGUCACUUAG